AUGUAUUCUUUCUUCCACUGUAUUUUCUUCCUUAUAAACUUUUCCACUGUCAAAUUCAUACUUUCUAUUAACUUUUUUGUAUUCUUUGUCCAAAUUCAAUCCAUCUUUCCUAUUUUUGUUUUAAUAUAUUCUUUCUUCCACUGUAUUUUCUUCCUUAUAAACUUUUUCCACUGUCAAAUUCCUACUUUCUUCUUCUUUGUAUUCUUUCAUCCAAAACAAAUCCAUCUUUCCUAUUUUGGUGUUUUUUGUAUUUUUCUUCCACUCUCUUCUUUGUAUUCUUUCAUCCAAAAUAUAAACAAAUUUCCAUCUUUCCAUCUUUCCUUUUUGGUGUUUAAUGUAUUCUUUCUUUGUAAUGUCAAAUUCUUUUUCUACUUCUCUUCUUUUGUAUUCUUUCAUCCAAAAUCAAAUCCAUCUUUCUUUUUAGGUGUUUUAAUGUUUCUUUCUUCCACUGUAUUUUCAAAUAAACUUUUUCCACUGUCAAAUUCAUACUUUCUCGCUCUUCUUUCUCUUCUUUGUAUUCUUUCAUCCAAAAUCAAAUCCAUCUUUCCUAUUUGUGUGUUUAAUGUAUUCUUUCUUCCACUGUAUUUUCACUUCCUUAUAAACUUUUUCCACUGUCAAAUUCCUACUUUUCUACUUAGCUCUUCUUUGUUCUUCUUUCAUCCAAAAUCAAAUCCAUCUUUCCUAUUUUUUCAGGUGUUUAAUGUAUUCUUUCUUCCAAAGCUCUCUUCUUUUAUUCUUUCAUCAAAUUCAAACCAUCUUUCCUAUUUAGAUACAUUUAAACCGAUUCUUUCUUCCACUUUCAUUCCUUAUAAAAUUUUUCACUGUCUUCCUACUUUCUACUUAGCUCUUCUUUGUAUUCUUUCAUCCAAAGUCCCAUCUUUCCUGUUUUUUCUGUUUAAUGUUUUCACUUCCUUCCUAAAACUUUUUCAAACUGUGUUUAAUGUAUUCUUUCUUCCACUGUAUUUUCACUUCCUUAUAAACUUUCUUCCACUGUCAAAUUCCUACUUUCUACUUAGCUCUUCUCUGUAUUCUUUCAUCCAAAGUCAAAUCCAUCUUUUCUAUUUAGGUGUUUCAUUUAUUCUUUCUUCCACUGUGUUUAAUGUAUUCUUUCUUCCACUGUAUUUUCACUUCCUUAUAAACUUUUCCACUGUCAAAUUCAUACUUUCUUCUUCUUUGUAUUCUUUCAUCCAAAGUCAAAUCCAUCUUUCCUAUUUUUGUUUAAUGUAUUCUUUCUUCCAAAUUUCACUUCCUUAUAAAAUUUUUUUUCCUUUCUAUAAAGCUCUUCUUUGUAUUCUUUCUUCCAUCUUUCCUAUUUUUCACUUAUUCUUUCUUCCACUGUAUUUUCACUUCCUUAUAAACUUUUCCACUGUGUUUAAUGUAUUCUUUCUUCCACUGUAUUUUCACUUCCUUAUAAACUUUUUCCACUGUCAAAUUCCUUUCUACUUAGCUUUCUUUGUAUUCUUUCAUCCAAAGCUCUUUCUUUUAGUGUUUAAUUCUUUCAUCCAAAACUUUUUCAAAUUCAUUUUCUUUCUCUUCUUUAUUCUUUUCCAAACAAAUCCAUCUUCUUUUCUUCCAAUGUAUUUUUCUUCUUCCUUCCUUAUAAACUUUUUUCUGUCACUUUCUACUUAA